AUGGCCCGGGAGGUGGAGUCUGCCACUGAAGUUCCUGAAGAUGUAGCAGAGUUGCGAGGAUCGCACCGGCUUCCACGCCACCUCCGGCUUUACCAACCUUUGGCGCUGCCAGGUCCAGUGGUGUUUGAACACUUCGAGUCGGCUGACGACAUUGGAUCCAGCAUUGGGGCCGCGUCCGCACUCUUCUGGGACUCUUUAUCCGAAGACGAAGACAGCAAUCAGUGGUCUGUGGAUGAUUUCACGGAGUACACCCUCGACUCGCAAGACACCUCCGUCAGCAGCACUCGUGCCUCUGGAAGCGCCACGACUGGAGGGAACUCCCGCGUCUCGCGCCCCGCCGCGCGCAGCUUCAGCGUGGUCGUUCGCGGAGCCCGGAGCCCGCAGACGCUGCUUCGAGGCCUCGGCAACACAGGCUACCGCGGGCGCUCAGUGACCCGACGGGAGAGUCAAAACUCGGGCGCGGCUAUGCGGCACCGGCAUCCGACGCACACGCCAAGCCGCGGGCCCAAUCCUCGGCGCUUUGUGGGCGCGGCUGUCCGCUUUGGCCACUACCAUCCCAUAGGCCGCGUGCGAGAAGAGUGA